AUGCGUAAGCUGUACUUCUCCUACACGAAAAAUGAGACAGGAGAUAGAGUCAAGGUUGACUUGCCUGGCUCUGAGAAGUUGGUGAUGCCGACGCUGACGUCCCUGUGGUCACGCCGUGAGGAUGAAAAAAAACGUGCGGCGGAAGUUCUUACCGUUGAAGACAGCCCAAGCCAAAAACGCACAUGUCCAGAUGACCGAGGUGUGGGCUACAAAGGUCGACAAGCGUUGGCAAACAGCGUUUGUGACAUUGUGGAGAGGCUGCGGGGUGUGCCAGGUGAGGCUCUGCCUGACCAUCGCAGAACUUCGUUUCUGCGACUCUUGGAUGCUGCUGUGCUGGAUGUCAUCGACGAUGAACUUCCGUCGAAAGAUCUUGCUAUCAUCCGACGAGUGGUCAGAGAUGCUUCGACUGCUUUAGAACUGCAGGGCGUUGCUGCGAUGACGAGUCGGCCUGCGGGCCGCUCCGGAGUGGCUGCCAACUGCUUCGCAGUAGCUGGCCUGCGGGAGACAGCAGAUCGUGGCCGGUCUUCGUCGUCGCACACUGACCACCGGCCUAAGGGCCUAGAAAGAAAGCCAGAAGCUGAGUCCGCGGACAAGGACGAGCAGCAGGAGGGUCGCAAAAGGGACCGCGACGAAGAAGGGCCUGGACGGAAUAGAGGUCGGACCCCAGGCAACAAGUCCCGCGCUGGCGCUGCUCGUAAGUGGAGGAACUAUGAUGACUCCACGCAGUGUUCCAACUGUAAGCGGUGGAUCAACAGCAGUCAUGCCGCGUGGGACCAGCACAGAAAUGGGAAGUUUUGUCGGAGCUACACCUACUACAAUCGUGGCUACGAUUGGAAGACUGCCCAGGAAAAGGCGGACUACGCCAUCCGGCGGGAGCAGGAGAACUACGAGUAUCUGACCCGCGGGUCAGAGACACCUCGGCAGGCGCCAGUCCUGCGUGAGAAGGUGUCUGCGCCGGAACCUGCGGGUUCUGUGCCUGAACCCGAGGGUUCGCCGCCGCGUGAUCGUGAUGAAAGAGACCAGCGGCGAGAGCGACGCCACAGGUCGCGUUCUCGCAGCCGGCGAAGACAUCGCCGCAGGCAUCGCAGCCGGCGAGCAGACUCGGAGCGCCAGAGGGAGCUUGAGUCUCGGCUGGAUAAAGCCCUGGAGAAGUAUCCAUCGCGUGCGCGCGAUGGACGUGGCGCAGUGGAUCGUCGGCCCGAACCUCGCCGCUCUGAGGAAGGGCAGGCCAAACCGCUUGCCCCCCAAGUUGUGAAGGAGGAAGAGGAGAGCGAGAAGUCCUCUACUCAGGAGGAGGAAAGCGAGGAAGAAGAAUCUUCUCGCGGUGGGACUGACCCGGGCAAGCCUGCUGCCCAAACGGCUACCUCUGGCAGGGCUGCUGCCUCUGGCAGGGCUGCUGCCUCUGUCAAGCCUGCUUCCUCUGGCAAGGCUCCCAAGGCCAAGGCAGGAGCAGGGGCGGUGAAGCAAGUGCAGCCUGUGCAGUCUGCUGCGCCUGCUCCCUCCCAAGCUGCUGACGUUGACGAGCAGCGCCAGAGGUUCGUCAGUGGUUUGCUCGCCACGGCGAUCCGUGAGGGACUGCGGUCAGACGUGGAAGCUGGAGCCGUGGCAGACGAGGCGCAAGUCAACUGCGCCAAGUGCAAGUCUGAAGUUCCGAAGGCGGACUGCAUUGAAAGGCCUCGUAACCGCGAGAGCUUUCGCUGGUGCUGUAAGGCGUGUCACGCCCUGACAGUCCAGUUUCAACGAAAGGGUCUUUCCCUCCAGACACUGUUGAGUGAAGACUCGCUGGUCGAGUUUUUCAGCGCAGCGUCUGAGGAACGCCGUCAAGCUACGGAGAACAGACUGAGUUUUGCUUCAGCGCGUGCUUUGCUGAAACAAAGCAUGGUUACUGAAACCAAGCGUGUCCAGCAGGAUGGCCGCGGAGGCGCGUACCAGCCCUUGGCAUGGUACGAGCUCCGUGGCUAUGACGUAGAUGCCAUUAAGGCAAGUGCGCCCUGUGAGAAGCACGCCAUUUUGGGCGACACCUACUUGGUUCAGCUGCACCACACCAGUGACGACACCUACUACACAGAGGCUGAGCAGCGCAUCGCUCGGCUAGAGAGUGAAGCGCUGCAGAGGAGACGAGCUGCCCCCACUGUUGGCGUCCCGGUCCUGGACUUGCCAGAGACAGAGGAGCCGAAAGAAGUGAAGAGCAAGGGCAAGCGAGGGCUGACGGACGAAGAGAGGGAAGCUGCCAAGCGUCAGCGCUUGGAAGCGAAGAAACAUGAAGCUGAGCGCAAGGUCGCUACUAGCGCUGCCGUCAAGCUGCUGCCCGCCUUGAAGUCUGCGCAAGCGAAGCUCGCAGAGAAGAUACACAAGCUGGGCACUGCUGCGGACGGCUUGCCGGAGGCAACUAAGGAGCAAGUGGAGAAGGCCCAGGGUGCUUUGGAGCAGAACAUCCUUGGCGCGACCAAGCUGUUGGACUGCGCCGCAAAGGGCAAGGCGGUUGACGCCACUGGUCUUCCGUUCGCUAAGGACAAGGACCUGCAAGGCGUGGUCAAAGACGCCAACGCAGCCUUGCGCGCAGUGUCCGAGUAUGUGCGCGCGCAGAAGCAGCAGAAGGAGAACAUGAACCCAAACGGCGAUGCGCAGUUGAUAUCGCUCGAACCGUGGGACAUGGCGAUUGCGGAAUCCGUGCUUUCGAUGGCGUCCAUCGCCAGCCUAGCUAAUGCUAGCCUGCGGGCCAGCAAGUCCGAAGAGCAGCUUCAUGACCUAGCACACGGACCGGUUGAAUUGCUGCGGGAAAUUUUGCUACAAGUCGUUGUUCAGGAUGGCCAUGAACAAUUGGCGCAGACUGUUCGCGCCAUUACAGACAUGUUGCUGUUGUUGAAAGGUCUUCUCUUGGCCUGGGAUUGCUCCAUGUGUCCUGAAGCAAUAUUGGAGCUACCCCUACCGAAAUUUCCAAAGCACUAUCCCAACCGUUCGCGGAUCCCUGCCAGAGACAUUGACAUGUCUCCUGCCUCAUCGUCCGCGGCGCCGCGGUAUGACGCGGCCAUGGCACGCUUCAGCCAGCAAAGCAUUUGGACCUUGCAGCGGUUGCUGCAAGGAAAAGAGGCGUCGACAAACCCAAGCGGCGCAAUGAAGCGCAAGUUCUCGCAAGAGAUGGAGCCAGCUCUGCGGUGUUAUCAUCUGAUUUCAGCUCCAAACGUGGAGCCGGCUUCGCAAGACAUCCAAUUUGCAGUGGCGCAAAUUGGAGAACUUCUGCGCUAUGUAUCGCGGGCAGUUCCUUCCUUCUCCGAUUUUCUGCGGAGGUGUUCGGGGAAAAUCAUAUUGUCGCACGACGAGACCACUGCUGGAAACGUAUUGAAUACCGAUGCGAGCCAAAAGGUGGUGCUCUUCUAUGCGACUUUCUGCGAAUUGCAGUAUAUACACGAAAGUCCUCGUGCUUGGCUUCCAAUAGCUGCCAUCACUCACCGGCAAGUCGGCCAGGUGACUGGUGGCCUGAGUAAGAUCCAUUCGUUGUUUCUGGAAGACUGGUAUCGACAAACGCAAGAAGCGUUGACAUUGUUGCCGGGCGUCAAGAUCUCGUUGACGAUCCAUUGCCUGGUGUCCGAUCUUGACGCACAGCGUUUGGCUUUGUGCGCAAAAGGCAGCGCCGGCCUGAAACUAUGCGCGUUCUGCCAAAACGUGCUCAGUAGAUCCGCAGAAGGGACGGCAGCGAACAGUGACAACUUUGUCACGGUGCACGAGCACGACCUGCUGAAGUGCCAGCGACUCACUCAAUCGGAAAUUGAAGACUACAUGGCGCGGGCACUGCGCACAUGGCACAGUGCGACGAAGGCCGAAAGGGAUCUGCGUGAGCGGUGCCUGGGCUACAAUAUUGGCGUCGGCGGGAUGUGGGAAUCCGCUAUCGCCAAACGGGUGUUGCCGCUGCAUCGUUUUGUGAACGACAGCAUGCAUUGCUAUUUCGCGAACGGCUGUUGCUCUGCGGAGAUUGUGCUGCUGCUCGCCGAAGUGAAGAAGCACACGGGCACUGACGUCGCAACCAUUCAACAAGUUGUGCUGGAUGCACAAUGGGUGCGAGCAGGCCAACAACACCGCAAUGGCGAAAACAAGCACUGGACGAAGCGCUUGUUCACAGAAUGUUUUUUUUCCGGAAACCUCUACAAAGGAGGAGCCAAACAAACCCGAGCCCUGACGUUUCUGCUGCGGUGGUUAGCCGAAAGUGUGUGGCUAUCAGUACCCGCAUUGGAGCCCUACGCACGGUGUUUUCUCUUGCUGUGCAAGUGCGUCGACUGCAUCCGGCGUGUGGCCCAAUCCAAAAAUUAUGAAACGCUCUAUCGGUUGCAGUCAGAGCAUCAAAAACUUUUUGUCGCGCUGUAUCGCGACAGUACAAGACCGAAACACCACGCAAGGUUGCGCCUGAGCGAACAGUACUCCCGCUUGGAUUGCCAACCCAACUGCUGGGGCACAGAGUCAAAGCAUCGAGACUACAAGGGAGUCUUUGCGCCGACAGUCUGUCAUUUCUUGACAGAACAAAUCGGUGGCAGCCAUUUCAGCAAGCAGCUUAUGCCGCGCCUGCUGAUGCGCCACUGCGAAUUGCUGCGCGAGAACCCGAUUGGGAUUUGA